AUGGGAGACGUGGAACCGCUUAUAACGAUUUCAACGGACGAUGUCAAUUCUUCGGGAAACGUUGAAAAAUAUGAGGGAAACUUUGAUGAACUGGAUGAUGGAUCAAAACACAAAGAUGAUGAGGUACAAGAACCCCUGGAAGAUACAGCUUCUAUCCAGAACGAAAAAGUCGACGAAAAUAGUACUGAACCAGUACAAGAAUUUUCUGCUCAGGACGAAGAAACAAACGAAAAUGGUACUGAGGAAACUGUGGACAUUGAGGACAAAGGAGACCAAACUGAAAUGGAAGGCAAUGCUGGUCUGGAAUCCGAGGAAAAUGCGAAUGAACCACCUGUAACCUUUGAUCAGGAACCAGCUGACAAAGCACCAGUCUACGCUCUUCCACAGCAGCAAGUACAAAGAUAUGAUGUGGACUCGGACGCGGACAGCUUGACAGGUCUUGAGAGGCCUGACUUCAGUAUGCCCCGGAGAAAAAAGCCAGAGAAGAAGGAAAAGAAACCAAAAUCGACUAGUGAAUGGGCGCAAGAUUUAUCCAAGCGAUUAAAAAGGGACAAAUUAAUGGACAGGAGCGGACGUGACGAUAUCCGCAAUGUUCCAGGAGUGAAGACUAGAACUUGUGCGAUUUUGUAA